GAGAAGGAGAAGAAGUACAUGUUACCCCUGGACAACCUGAAAAUCCGGGACGUGGAGAAGGGCUUCAUGUCCACCAAGCACGUCUUCGCCAUCUUCAACACUGAGCAGAGGAACGUCUACAAGGACCUGCGGCAGAUUGAGCUGGCCUGCGACUCGCAGGAGGACGUGGACAGCUGGAAGGCCUCCUUCCUCCGCGCCGGCGUCUACCCAGAGAAAGACCAAACGGAGGCGGAGGACGGCGCCCAGGAAAACACCUUCUCCAUGGACCCGCAGCUGGAGCGGCAGGUGGAGACGAUUCGCAACCUGGUGGACUCCUACGUGGGCAUCAUCAACAAAUCCAUCCGCGACCUCAUGCCAAAGACCAUCAUGCACCUCAUGAUCAACAACACCAAGGAUUUCAUCCACUCGGAGCUGCUGGCCUACCUGUACUCCUCGGCCGACCAGGGCAGCCUGAUGGAGGAGUCGGCGGAGCAGGCGCAGCGCCGGGACGAGAUGCUGCGCAUGUACCACGCGCUCAAGGAGGCGCUGAGCAUCAUCGGGGACAUCAGCACCAGCACCGUCUCCACGCCGGUGCCACCCCCGGUCGACGACACCUGGUUACAAACCAGCACCGGCCACAG